AGACCGCCCUCCUAUCAGCAGGAUCGGCCCUUGAAAUUAUCGCUCCUUUGUGCUGGAGGAGCACUGUCUCCGGGGAUGUCUCUCUCCUUGUGUUGGCUUUUGGCAAGGGUAGCUUCAGAUCAGGAGCAGGGCACGAGAUGGGACUUUAUUUCCUAGAACUGUUGUCCUUUGCAGGCUGGUCAGUGGCCUUCCAAAAUGGUCCCUUUGGUCUCUUAGGUGCUUGCCCCGAUGUCCUGCAAGGGAAUUUUGCACUUUGGAAGAAGCUGAAAUCUCAUCCUGGAAACUCUUUUUAUUAAAAAAAAAAAAAAAAAAAGCACAGUACUUUGCAGGCAGGCAUUACUUCAGACUAUGCAAAGCCCAGCUGCAUGACCCGAGUUUUCUCUUUUUCUCCCCUCCAAUACCCACUUGCUUCUUUUUCUACAUUAACUUGGAAUGCUGCUUUGACGCUAUGGCAAGUACACGUCUUGGCUUGCAGGUGGAGCAUCUUUUCUUUUCCCAUCUGAAGCACCUCUUUAAAGGCAGGGGUUGAUAAUGCAUGUAUUUUUCUUUGGCUGCAUACGGAAAUAAGAUUUCUGCAAUGAUACAACCUGUCUCUUCAUUUGCUCCUGCCUGCCUAACAGUUGACCUGGCUGCUUUAAACCCGGUUGGAUGGAGGUAAAAGUCGCAAAGAUACCAAAUUCCUGUGGAUUUCGUGGAAGCAUAGAAGAAUAAGGCAGGAUGGAUGUGUACGACCCUCAGACGCUGGGUGUUAUGGUCUUUGGAGGUUUCAUGGUGAUAUCAGCCAUUGGAAUCUUUCUGGUAUCCACCUUCUCUAUGAAAGAGACAUCUUAUGAGGAAGCCUUGGCCAAGCAGCGCAAAGAGCUUGAGAAGACCCACCAGCACAAAAUGGAGAAAAAGAAGAAAGAGAAACCUGUUGAGAAGAAAGGAAAAGCAAAGAAAAAGGAAGAGAAACCUAAUGGAAAGAUACCUGAGCAGGAGCUGACUCAGGAGGUGACAGACUCUUCCAAGGAUGUAGCUCUUGAGCCUGUUGUGGUGUCUGAGCCUGUAAUUAUUGAGUCUCCAGUUGCAGCAGUGUCAGUGACCCCUCAGGAAAAGGAGAAACCUGCCCCGUCUCCUAAGGAAAAGAGGAAGAAGGAGAAGAAGGUGGCAAAGGUGGAGCCUGCUCCUAGCCCAGUGUUGGCUUCACCUCCCAUCAGUGUCCCCAAGAGUUCCCCUGUCUUGGAGGUGACCUCCAAAGAAGUGCCUGUUGUGGCUGUGCCACCAGUUGGCACACAGCAAAGCGCUCCAGUCAUCAACUCUGUUGCUGUCAAGAAAGCUGAUGCUCUUGCCACCCAUGAGGAGCAGAAGCAUGAUGGAGCUGUCAAGAAGAAGGCUGCGUCCAAGAAGAAGAGCGAGCCAGCACCCAUGGACUCAGAUGGGCCCCUCUACCUGCCCUACAAGACGCUUGUGUCUACCAUCAGCAGCAUGGUGUUCAGUGAGGGGGAGGCCCAGCAGCUGAUCGAGAUCCUGACGGAUAAAGCGGGCAUCGUCCAGGAUACCUGGCACACGGCAACACAGAAGGGUGACCCAGUUACUGUCCUAAAACGCCAGCUGGAGGAGAAGGAAAAACAACUUGCUGCCGAGCAAGAGGAUGUGUCUGCUGCCAGAAACAAGCUGCGGGAGCUGAGCAAGGAACUUGCGACGGAGAAGGCCAAGGCGGUGGCCAUCGAAAACAAGCUGAAAGAGCAGCUGCUUGCUCGCGAACGGGAGAUUGCUGCUGUUCAAGCCCGAAUGCAGGCUAGCUACCAGGAUCACGUGAAUGAAACACAGCAGCUCCAAGGAAAGAUCCGGACUCUGCAAGAGCAACUGGAGAACGGCCCCAACACCCAGCUUGCUCGCCUGCAGCAGGAGAACUCCAUCCUGAGGGAUGCACUCAACCAAGCCACCAGCCAGAUGGAGAGCAAGCAAAAUGCUGAGCUGGCAAAGUUACGACAAGAAUGCAGUAAGCUGGCGAAAGAGCUGUCCGAAAAAUCGGAGAUGCUGCAGCAAGAGGAGCAGCAGAAAAAGACUUGGGAAAUCAAAGCGAUGGCCUCUGAGAAGCAGAUCGAGCAGCUACAGACUUCCCAAAGAGAGGUGGAGGCGACGCUGCAGAAGAGGCUGGAUGAAGUAAGCGACGAGCUCCGCAAAACCCAGAGCAGCUACAAAAGUCUGCUAGCAGAGACAGAAAAGGCCAAAGGACAGCAGCAGAGCAUGGCUGAGCUGCAGGCCAAGCUGCUGAGCUCCGAAGCAGAGGUUAAAAGCAAAUUGUUGGAGCUUGACAGCCUGAAGGGGAAACUGCAGGAUGCCAGGUCGGAGAACAUGAAGCUCGUGGAGAGGGUCAAAUCCAUUGAAGCUCUGCUGGAAGCAGGCCAGAUGAGGGAGGCAGAAAAAGACAGAGACUUGCAGGCAGCCAAUGAAGCAGAAAUGAAGCAGCUGCGGUUAAGGCUUGAAGAAAAAACAGGCCAGCUCUCAGCCUUGGAAAGGGAAGCAGCAGAGCUGAGAGAGACAGUGGAGCAGCAGAAGACAAAAAACAAUGACCUCCGUGAGAAGAACUGGAAAGCAAUGGAAGCGUUAGCCACAGCGGAGAAGGCAUGCGAAGAAAAACUAUGUGCUGCCACAAAAGCAAAGGAAGAAUUGUAUCAACAACUUGACAUGUUCCAGAUGCGAACCAAGAAGACGCUGCUGUCUGUCUUCCCGGAAGUCGCCGUCUCCUCGCAGCAGGAUUAUGAUAUGUGGCUACAAGAGUUUAAGGAGAAGGCAGUGGAUGUGCUAAAGCAACACCUGACUGCAAGAGAGGACGUGGAUUCAGCGCUUAAAUUAAAAGAGGCAGAGGAAGCGCAAAGCACUUUACAAGCAGAAUGUGAGCAAUACAGAGCUAUCCUUGCAGAGACGGAAGGGAUGCUGCGAGACCUGCAGAAGAGCGUGGAGGAGGAGGAGCGAGUGUGGAAAGCAAAGCUCACAGUGUCUGAAGAGGAGCUACAAAAGUCACAAGUCCAGUUGAAAUCCCUUGAAGACAUGAUAGAGAAGUUGAAAGCAGAGUUGCAGAGCACAGACCAGUUAAAGCAAUACACCUCUCUUCUGGAAGCACAACUGCAAAAUCACUUGGAGACAGCCAGCUCUGAACGCCAAAACUAUACAAAAGAAGUUGAAGUUUUGAGGCAGCUGUUAUCAGAGUCCCAGGAGCAGCUAGAGGCAGCGAAGACAGAAACGCAGAAGCAGAGCAAGGAGCUGGCCCUGGUCAGGCAGCAGUUGAGUGAGAUGAAGAGCCACGCGCAGGGUGGAGUAGAGGGGUUACAAGCUGACCAAAGCGAGCCCGCGCCCCUCGAGUUGAAAACUCAGCUAGAGCAAAAUGAAGCCCUUGUGGAGAAGGAGCAAGUGCUGAGGCAGAAGUUAGUGCUGGAACUGGAGGAAGCACAAAGCUCUGCAUGCAGUUUGCAAGCAGAGCUGGAAAAGCUGAGUUUGGCUGAAAAUGCAGCAACUUCUGACAUGGAGGAGACCCAGCAUCUCAAGGAAAGACUUGAAAAAGAAAAAAAAUUGACAAAGGACUUGGGCCAGGCAGCAACCAAACUACAAGAGCUACUGAAGGUUACCCAGGACCAACUGGCCAAAGAGAGAGAAACAGUGAAGAAAUUGAAAGAACAGCUUCAGGAAACGGGGGAAGAGGACGGUUCAAAGGAAGGGACUUCAGUUUGAUCACGCUGUGACCUAGAACUUACUGUUCAACUUACCAAAAUGCCUUACACAUUCCUAAAAUAAAAAUAUAUGCUCAAUUUACUGUAGAUAAAAGAUACAAGCCAUUAGUGACUCAAAACCUAAUUCUGAAACCUUAAAAAUACCAGUAAACACUGCAGGUAUAUGUUUAUAAGAAAAUCUUCAUACUGUUUUGUACAACUAUUCCCCUGGAAGCCACUCCGACUGUGUCAGGGUGGGCACUGGGGUUCAACCCCUCUGUAGCAGCAGAAUCCAUGAAUGUGUGAAAAUGGAAGACUGUAUUUGUACAUCAAUCGGUGCAAUUAUUUUUUUGGGAGUGAAAGAAGUGUGAAAGGAAGGCCGAUGACCAUAUGAUGGAAGGAAGCCGCUCUCUGAUGGGGGGGGCUCUUGGCAUAUAUCUUCUUGUGUAUUUCUGGGUGUUGAUGCAAUUAAACUGAUGUUGUAGUGAAA